GCUUCGGCGGGUGCCCUGUGCUACGUCACUGAUCACGCUUCGGUUGUAGUUGGAUUUUGCGAGCGGAUCUUCGACAAGCCGUCGGGGCCAAAUGCUGACUUGUGGUUCGGCGCCGGCAAAAUCAUGUAUCGGCGCAUGGGCCUCGUGUCUGUUCUUUUUGUCAACUCUAAUUUGUCUCCCGAGCAGAUUGUUGAUCAGAAGGUGCCAGCUUGGCUGGCAGUCGGGAACGCCACUGUUGAACCCUAUGCCGCGCAGGCGGCGCAGUUGGCCAGAGUUCCCGAGCAGGUCAUGUGUCAGGUGUUCCAGGUCGAGCGCAUCGCCUACCUG